ACUCUUGAUCACAGAAGGCUGGGCCCGAGGCAGCAGCACGCAGACACACCUGCACGGAAGGAUGGCUCAGUCACAGGCCGAACCGAAACCUGGAGACCUGAUUGAGAUUUUCCGCGUUGGCUACGCGCACUGGGCCGUCUACGUGGGGGAUGGCUACGUGGUGCACCUGGGGCCUCCACGUGAAAUCACGAGUGCUGCGUUGGCCAACAUCAUGUCCUCUGGGACCGACAGGGCCAUAGUGAAGAAGGAGCUGCUGUCCGUGGUGGCCGGCAAAGACAAGUACCGCGUCAAUAACAAGCAUGACCAGAAGUACCCCCCGCUGCCUCCCAGCAAGAUCGUGCAGCGGGCGGAGGCGCAGCUGGGGCAGGAGAUGCCCUACAAGCUGACCAGCGCCAACUGUGAGCACUUCGUGAACGAGCUGCGCUACGGAGUCCCCCGCAGCGACCAGGUCAAAGAAGUGGUCACGGCAGUCAGCACGGUGGCAGUGGGCGUGGCAGUAGGCGCAGCAUUGGGCAUACCAAGUACCCUAUCAGCAGGCGUUGUCGGAACGGGCUGGGCCACCAAGGGCCUCAAUCAGGUACCUGGGGAACUGAGAAAUUGAGGAAGGGGCAGGGAAUAGAGAGAAACACCAAUGGGAGAGAGACAUCAGUUGGCUGCCUCCUGCAUGCUUCCUACUGGGGAUGAAGCCUCCAGGAAUUGAACCAGAGACCUCUUGGUUCAUGGAUCAACACUCAAGACACACCACCCAGGCCAUUGAGGCUGAUUUCAAUGGAGCUAUAAAAGCACAGGAAGAUUUCAUUUGGGGAAACACGGCCUAGCGUGAAUGCUAUUAAAGACACAGUUGUCUCUG